AUGCUUCCCCCCCCUCAUCCUCGCCAAAGCCUCCGCGAGAUCGACAGCGAGCAAACUAACACCCUCUUCCUUGUUGCGAGCCACCCGACCCAGCGUGACGGUGUCAACUUUGUCGAGGUCUCGGGAGGGAUCAAUGCCUUCGGCGAUGCCAUGCCACGCCAUCCCAAGCCCCAUACUAUGCCGCGCUCUGCCACGCGCGCAACACGAGUAUCCAUCCUUACCUUCAGCAGUAAUACCAUACUCCGUAGAGAGAAAGAGGACCGAAUUCUCUAG